AUGGGCGCGGAUCCCGGGCGUGUAGGUGGGUGGGGACCUGAGGGGCGGGGAGGGCCACUCGGUCGCUCUUGGUACCGCCGCCGCCCGCCACCGCCUCAGCUCCCCGCACACCCACAGCCGCGCUCUCAAUGGCCACCGGCCAACUGCACACGACUUCCCCUUGGGGCGGCCGCUGCCCAGCAGGACUACCCCGACCCCGGGUCCAGAGGAACUACUGAGCAGCAGGGACUGUCACCCUGCCCUGCUGCUGCCCCCGGGCUUCCACCCCCACUCAGGUCCCAACUGCCCACCCUUCCUGCCAGACCAGAUGCAGCCACAAGUCCCCCCUCUCCAUUACCAAGAACUCCUGCCACCGGGUUCCUGCAUUCCGGAGGAGCCCGAGCCAAAGAGGGGAAGAAGAUCAUGGCCCCAGAAAGCACCGCCACCACACCUGUGAUUACGCGGGCUGCCGCAAAACCUGUACAAAGAGUUCUCAUCUCAAGGCGCACCUGCGAACCCACACAGGUGAGAAACCCUACCACUGUGACUGGGAUGGCUGUGGGUGGAAAUUCGCCGGGUCGGAUGAACCGACGAGGCACCACCGCAAACACACCGGGCACGGCCGGUUCCAGUGCCAGAAGUGCCACCGUGCAUUUUCUAGGUCAGACCACCUCGCCUGACACGUCAAGAGGCACUUUUAAGGCUCCAACAGUGGACAUGACCCGCACUGCCAGAAGAGAAUUCAGUAUUUUAUACCUUUCACAUUGUCUUCCGGAGGAGGAGGGGAGGAGCCCAGCUGGAAAGCGCGACAAUCAUGGUCAAGUUCCCAACUGAGUCAACUUGAGAAGGAAUGAUCAGGAAACAGGAGGAAGCCAAAAGUCAAAACUCAAAAAACCAAUGGGUUCUGUGACUGGAUCUUCUAUCAUUCCAAUUCUAAAUCCAACUUGAAUAUUCCUGGACUUAACAAAAACGCCCAGGGGGGUGACUGGAAGUUGUGGUUAUCAGGGUAUCAAUUAGAUCCGUGAGUUGGGGGAGGGAGGACCAGAAUUCCCUUGAAUUGUGUUUUGAUGCAAUAUAAGCAUAAAGAUCACCUUGUUUUUUGUUUGUUUGUUUGUUUUGCCUUCUGAAAACCAUUAUUAUGCUAGAAGAAAAGAAAGAAAUUCAGGUACAGAAAAUGUGUUCUAAUAGCCUAAAAAUUGAUGGUGCUUGGUGAGUCUUAGUUCUAAAGCUACCAAAUGAGGAAGACAAAGUUCUCCAACUGCUGCCUACUUUGACAAGGAAUAUAAAUCUAUUUCUGUCUUCCAUCUACAUUUAUGACCUAAGUCAGGUAAAUACAACUGGUUUACUUAAAUGUUUUAUGCAGACAGUCUGUAAUGCACUGUGGUUUCAGAUCUGCAUUAAUUUGUACAAUGGUUUAUUCA